AAGAAAGACAUCAAGAGAGAGAGAAGACAGAGGUAGAGCUGCUCAAGUCUGUGGACGGUAAAGAAAGAAGCUGAAAGAUGAAGACUCUGGUGGUCCUGGUCCUCUGCUCCCUGGCAGCCGUCUGUUUGACUUCAGACGCUGGUCCCCAGCCUGCUGGUGACAACCCGGCUCAGGACGAGAUGUUCGUGGAGAGGGAGCAGGCCUCCACAGUGGUGAGACAGAAGAGAGCUGCUGCAGAGUUGACCUUGACACAGCUGGAGAGUCUGAGAGAAGUGUGUGAGGCCAACAUGGCCUGUGAGAACAUGAUGGACGUCAGCGGCAUCAUCGCCGCCUACACCGCCUACUACGGUCCCAUCCCCUAUUAGAAGCCAGACCACCGCAACUUGACUGCUCAGCAAAACUGUCUUUCUUCUGUGCAGAUUCACUUUAGAGCUGAUCUUUUUCUGUGCUGCUGAGCAAAACUCUGCCAAAGUGUUUCCUGCAUAGAUUUUGAAAAGCUGUCAUUUCUCUCAGCAUGUAGAGAAGCGUGAUGAACGUAAAUAAAGAUAAAUAAAAUGCU